AUGCGCAUCAACUACGCCCCCUCGACACCCCCAACCACACAACCCGACGGGACACCACUCCCAGAGGCCGAACAAAAAGCUACUGCAGAAGUCUACGAGCGCGUGGCAGCUAGACGAAAGCCUCGUCCUUUAAUCCCCCUCGAUCUUGCGCUUCUCCAUAGUCCCCCUAUCGCCAAUGGUUACAAUGCUUUGUUGGGCGCGAUUCGCACGCAGGCUGUGAUGCCGCAGGAUAUUCUCGAGUUGUCGGUUUGCCGGGUUGCGAUCCUCAAUGGCGCGGUGUACGAAUGGAACGCGCAUGCCCCUCUCGCACUGAAAGCCGGUGUUACCGCGGCUCAGUUGCAAGAAGUCAAGAACUUACCCAUCUCGACAUUCACGACCGAAGGACAGAUAAUUAACAACGUCGAGAAACCGGCGGGAAGCAGCCUGACGGACUUUCAGUGGGAUACGGUGAUCUUCACAGAUGCCAUGACGAAGAAUAUCAAAGUCGACGACGCGAUCUUUGCGGCGAUCAAGAGUCGGUUCAGCGAGAGGGAGGUGGUGGAGUUGACGGUCUGCAUUGGCGCGUAUAACAUGGUCAGUCGGUUUUUGGUGACGUUGGAUGUGGGCGAGAACAACGACAAGAGCAUGAAGGAACCGGCCGAUAUCGAAGCGGAGUUGAAGAAGUAG